UUUUUGUUUCUCUUCCAGAAGCUCCACCGAAGUUUGUUGCUUUCAGCGCUGCUGCUGCUUGAGCUGCCCUCCCCGACAAUCUUCCCAGAUUGAGGCCCCCCCCUUUACUUCCUUUUCCCCGUUGCCCUCUUUUCCCCCGCCCCAGCAACACACCUUCACAGUCGACUCGAGUAAACAAGGUUGCUGUUGCUGAGCAGCAAAGCACCUCCAGCCAUGUUUGUGCUCCGCAACGUGAGCAAGUACCUCUUCGGAGACUCGUCCAAGGAAUCUAUCAUCGAAAUCCCUCAGGGCCAGCUCUAUCUCGUUCGCCCUCUGUCACCCAAGGGCUACUCGGAGCUCAUCUUCAAGGACGCUGCCGCUUCCAUCCGACGCACCGGGCAGGAGUUCCAAUACCAGCUCGUCAUCCAACGCGCCUACGAAGAAGGUGAGGAAGAGCUUGGCGAAGACGACGACGACCAAGGCGGCAGCGACAGCCUGGACAAGGACGAGAAGGUCUUCCUUCUUGAUCAGGCUCUGCAUUUUCGCUCCGAAGUCCGUGAAGGCGGCGCGAAAAUCCUAGCGUGGAGGGAUCUGAGUGGCGAUUUGGGCGAUCUUUUUGAAUUCGUCUGCGACCCCUCCGUGCCCUCGGAUAAGGUUUCCACCUUCGAGCUCGCUGCUCUCCAGUGCCAGUACGAGCGUGCCUACCGACGGACCUCACAGAACGUGAGCCGGGAAGACCUGCAGGAGUUCUCUUUUCAAGAGGAAAAGCCCAUCCCGUCCGCAAGUCCUAUUGCUUCCCCAACAAAGUCACGUGCCCAGUCGCUGACGUCUGGAGAGUCAACCGCCGCUAUGGUGAAGGACGUCGAGUACUCGCAGUCCAAGGGUAUCAUCAAGCCUGCGGCAUCUGAGGAGCAGGCCACGGUUGCUCCACCUGCGGCCGAGCAGCCUGAGGCCAGGGAGAUCCUCUCACAGGAACACGCAGAGCUGCAUUUGUUCGAUUUUGUGACCGGCACAUUCGUUCUCCAGGCCUCCGCUGUUACUGCAACGGUUUCUGAGAUCGGUGACUGGAAGUACUGGCUUCAGAUCAGCGGCGAUGACAAGGAAUGGCUGGGACAAGCCGUGGUCGCUGACAUCAACCCCGUUUUCAACUUCGAAUACCUGUCUUUCAUUUUCAACGCCUACGGCGAGGAUGGCUCGGCGUUUUCCUGGCUCCUCCGCUUCAAGGACCAGGAGACCGAGGAGCGGUUCCAGGAGGGUCUCAUGCAGGCACUCUGGGAGCAGCUGAACGAGAUGAAGUGGACCAAGGUCAAGGACAAUGACCGGGAGUAUGUGUUGGAUGCGUUCCAGGACCUUACGAUGGAGGACGAGGAGCGUGAAGGUGCCGAUGCCGAGGAGGAGGAAGAAGAAGAAGAGGAGGAAGAGGAUGAUCACUACGAUGGGCAGCGCAGUGAACACUACGACUCCGACGAGGAGGAAGACGAUGUAGUGACACGGGAUGAUGAUGGAAACGUCAACUCGCAACUUGCCGUCGGUUACAAGCACGACCGCUCCUUCGUUGUCCGUGGCUCCAAGAUCGGCGUCUUCAAGCACACCCCGGACAACAACCUCGAGUUCUCGACCAAUAUUUCCAAGGUGGAGACGCCCAAUGGCAAGCUUUUCAGCCCGAAGAAGGUCAUGCUGCAUGCCGAAGACACCAAUAUGAUCCUGCAGAAUGGCGAUGACCCGAACUCCCUGUACCGGAUGGACUUGGAGUACGGUAAGAUUGUCGAUGAGUGGAAGGUCCACGACGACAUCCCGGUCACGACCUUUGCCCCCGAGAGUAAAUUCUCUCAAAUGACCUCUGCGCAGCCCUUCAUUGGUGCUUCCAAGAAUGCCCUCUACCGGAUUGAUCCUCGUGUGACCGGAAACAAGCUGGUGGAUGCAGAUUUGAAGCAGUAUGCCAGCAAGAACGAGUUCUCAUCGGUAGCUACGACAGAGAAGGGAUACAUUGCCGUCGCCUCUAACAAGGGUGAUAUCCGUAUGUUCGACCGUCUGGGAAUUAACGCCAAGACCCAUAUCCCUGCCCUGGGAGAGCCGAUCAUUGGUCUGGACGUGUCUGCCGACGGUCGCUGGGUUCUUGCCACCUGCCGGACGUAUCUCCUCCUCAUCGACUCGCUGCAGAAGGAUGGCAAGAACGAAGGCAAGCUGGGCUUCGAGCGCUCGUUUGCCAAAGACUCCAAGCCGCAGCCUCGUCGCCUGGGUCUGCAGCCUGCACACGUGGCCCAGUUCCAGCACGAGACGAAGAAGCCUAUCGCAUUCACGCAGGCCCGGUUCAACACUGGUGUCGACAGCACCGAAACCUCGAUUGUCACAGCUACUGGUCCUUUCAUUGUCACCUGGAGCUUGAAGAAGGUGAUUGCUGGCCGCAAGGACCCCUACACGAUCAAGCGGUACGGCGAAGACGUAAUGGCGGACAACUUCCGGUUCGGCUCGGACAAGAACGUCAUUGUGGCUCUGCCCAACGAAGUCAACAUGGUUGCGAAGAGGAGCCUGCUGAAGCCCACGCGGGAGAGUAUCGCUGGACCCCCUAUGACCCCACGUCGGCGGACGCAGUGGGGCAGCCGGUUGGGACGGGAGGACAUUGUCAAUUCUCCCUACUGAGCUGGCCUUGUUCACCUUGUUUUUCUGCGCAUCGCAUACCCCUUUUGUUGGUUCUUUUCGAUUUCUGCUUUUACACUGAAGCUGUUGUAAGACGCUUUAAUGUCCUUUCACGGUGCUAUGAACGGAUGGCGAACGGUGGCAAUUGCAACUUGAGCAUUUAUGAUUUACUUCGAAUUAUCGGUAGCUGGUAAUAAGACUACGAAUCACGAUUGAUGGAUGAUAUUCAUAUUC